UUGAACAGGCUUCUGUUGCCAGUCCUCCGUGAUUUUGUGGUUAAAGAAAUGCACAAACACUACGCAUCCCUGAAGAGUGCACAUCGAAUUGACACUCAAGUCUAUGGAGGUCAUUUGACUCGUGAUGGACCAUGUCAGCUGAACUAUGGAAGCAUCAACAACAACUGGGGGAAUUUUAAGAAAAAAGUGCAUUCAUAUGAUUACAAAGUUGGAACAGCUGAAGACCUGGCUAAACUUUAUCUUGAGCCACAUAUGGCCAAGUUUACAGGUAACUGAGUAAAUUUAUUUUAAAAUCAACAUAUGAAUUUUCUCAACCAUUCUGAAUUGAACCAGUUGUGAGAACUGGAUCGGGUUUGCGAUAUGACGUCUGCUCUCUCUUUCCGGACACCCUAUGACAGGGGAACUUCAGUAAAGUUGGUCCCUGCAGUUCUUCAUUUUCUUUGAAGUUUUCUAAAACAGUCACUUAUUUUUCUCUCAGUGAUGUAUGUAUUGGAGAGGGUCAACGGUAUCACAAUUUCCUUCCAAUCUAAAGCCAAACUAAAGGAGUUGGAAAAUCUUUUGAUUUUUAUGCAGCCCCUGUCUAAAGUAGCGAUUAUUGUAUCGCUCAUUUAAUUGGUAGAAUGUGUCUAGCAUGACAAUAAUGAGGAAGCAACUUUUUGCCGUACUGGUUAAAGGGCGAUUUUCACUAACAAAGGAGUCGCUUUAGCUUGCAACUCUAAUGAUCUUGGUUUUAGUACAAUAUGAGCGAUGCUGUAUUAAGCAGAAUGGCAAGUUCUGUUUACGAUUCGGUGGGUUUAAUUUUCACGACUGCGACUUGAUCGCAAGUGGGAAAAUCUGGAUUACGUUUGAUAUUAAGACUUUUAUUGUGUUUUACAUUUUUUUUUGGAGGGCGACUACUUCAAAUCUUGACUCUUCUGUUCUCGUUUUAUCAACUUAAAUGAAAACGCAAGAUAGAAAACAAUGUAUCAGUUGAGAAACUGAGUCAUAUCUCACUCCAACUUUUAUUGAUUUGUAGGGUUUGACAACACAUGUGACCUGAAUGCAGUGUUGGGGAUUCUGGAGAGAGCAUCUGUUUUUCACACUCACAUCCAAACCAGUGCCAAGGAUGUGCGCUCCAAAGUGAGAAAUGAGUGGGGACACUGCAACUUUGACCACUGGACCGAGCUGGAGUUCGAGAACAGUUUUAAACUGAUGGAGACCAUGGUUCGGUUACUGGGGCUAGCAGAAGCCGAUGAAGACAAGCAACUUGAUGAACUUCAUCACUGGGAAACAACGGGUAAGUAA